AUGGGUUUUGAUGAACAAAAUAAACCGCAUGAAGAAUCACAUGAGGCAUCUCAGAAAUCUGUGGCGACAGCAAGCGAGUGUGAAUUUUGUGUCCAGAACUGUAACUCUGACACAACAUCAACUGACCACAAAAUAUCCCACCUUCAAGCUCAAGGGAAAAAUUUGGUCACAGAGCUUAAUCCAAUGUCUAAAGACAAAUUUAUGUGUUUUAUUUGCAAGAAGGAUUUUCCAUCAAGGAAAUCCUUGUGUGGGCAUAUGAGAACCCAUCCUGACAGAAAUUGGAGGGGUGUUCACCCUCCUAUACCUUCUCUUCCUGCUCAUAGCCACGAUUCUAGCUCCAACUUAACGAUGGAAAAGAACGAAAAUCAUUAUUAUUCCAAUGCAAUUGCUACACCAAAGAAAGAAGAACCUGUUGAUCUAUUAAAACAUUUGCGAAUGCUACCAGGAUGGCAAUUUGGGAAAAGAAGGAAGAAACGUGUUUAUAGGAAAGAGGAAAUUACAGCUGCUCAAAUACUGGUGGAUAUCAGUCAUGACACAUGGCCACAUGGUGUGCAUCUCAAAUCAGUACUUCAAAUGGGGCAUUUUGGAAAUAAUAUGAAAGGAGCAUCGAAUGAUAUGAACACUAGAGAUGAGGCUGGUACUGGUGGAGUAAAAGAUUUAGUUCGUGACUUUGGUGAAAUGAAGAUGUCCAAGGAAAAUAACAACGAGAAUAGAAGAAAGUUGACAGUGAAAUUGAAGAAUCCAUAUUCAAGAGUUAAAGAUGAGGCAGGAGAUGGCUACAAAUGUGAUAUUUGCUGUAGGUAUUAUCCAACGAUCCUAGACUUUGUAGAAGACAGAUUAAGCCACGCUAAAGAGAGGAAUCUUAAGCGUAAGUCUUCAGAUGGCGCAAGAGAAGCAGAUCAAUCAAGCAAAAAAGUUCAUGGCUUUGAUCUGAAAGAGUUGCCCGAGGAUACGUAA